AUGCGCACAGUCUUCCAAUAUCAUGACGGGCCGCAUGCUCCAGAGGAGGCGGACUAUUCUGGCAGCCUGGAUGAGGCCCGAAACAAGUGUGUCGAGGACUAUCGCUGUGAGGUGGUGUGCUACCACCAGAAGACAGGAAAGACGCAGCUGUACCAGAACUUCAGCUUGGCGUUGAAGGGGCUGGGCGGAUCCCAAAAAGCCUGGAAGGAUGUGCUUCAGAAAGCGCCAGCCUGGUACGACAAGGACUGGACAUGUCUUCAAGCCUCGCCCAGCUGUCGACGCAAAGCUGCGAAAACAGCUCGGAAGAAGGAGGAAGCUGGGCUGAAGGAUACGUUGGAGGGUCUCGGCGAACUCCGUUUACUGCAGCAAAGCCUGCACCAGCCAUCUCCACCAGCCUUUCAGACUCAAGGCGCCCUUAGCCACGACGCUGCCAACUUUCUGGGGUUGUUGAAGUUCCCGAUGGGCAAACAGGCACAGGAGCUUCGGGAGAAGUGCACAGACAUUGCCUCGGAGGUGGCCCGAGCACGCGAGGUUCCCCAGCUGGAGCCCUUUUGCCAGAGGAAGGUUUGGGUUCAUCGGCCCAUCAAGGACUCUAUGGGUCACUGGCAAGAGUGCUGCCAAGACCACGAGGGCUUCAAAUGCAAGGACCGCUUCGUCAUUCCCUUGGAUCAUUGCAACAACUGCCAAGGAGUUUGCUUGGAGAAGGGCCAGGAGCCUGGGCCCGUGCAGCCUGCUGGGGAUGAGGGCGAGUGCCUCGAGCUGGGAGCACCCGGAAGUUGGAGCUCCGGAUCUGGAGAAGUCGUGGAGUUGAUGUCGGCUCGAGCCCCCACUCCUACAGCGCAGCUUCUCCUGGAGUGUUUGGGGAGGCCAGCCGUUCGACCGAGUCGACGGCGAAGAAGGGCCUUCCUCUGA